CUGAGGAGGUAGUCACUCUGAGCACCACUGACAUUCCCAACAGGCAUUGCAGGGGAGAAGCCUUGUGUGUGAUAUACAGCAGAAAGAAAGUGUGUGAGUGGGUGGGAGUGUGUAACCACUGGAGGAGCCUGUAACAGUACGACACAAUCCAGCGCCUCUCACUAUCUGAGCACCGGGCUUCAGUACUGCUGCUGGAUAGAAAGCUGCAUUCACGUGUCGAGUCAAAGAAGAGGAGAAAAGAAAUCUCAGCGGCCGGCGUGAUCUGUUGUGUUUCUGCCAGAGGUGAGACAAGAGGAAGAAGGGAAGAAGAAGAAGAAGAAGAAGAAGAAGAAGAAGAAGAAGAAGAAGAAAAAGAAGAAGAAGAACUAGAAGUAGUAGAUCGAGAAGUGGUCAACAUGUCCAACGCACUGCUGAGGAGAAACUCCAGCAAACAGGGUUUGCAAAAGCUGAUGAGGCUGACGACUCAGAGGAGCAUCGAGGACGCGGAGGAGGUGGAGAGGGAACGUCGUCGCAGAACUCGAGAGUCUUUCCGACGGGGCAGCGGUGGUUCAACACCCGGAGAGUCCUCUCCGGAGAACGAGACGCAGACAGAGGAGAAGAUGUUCGAUAGCGAUUUCAAGCCCAGCAGCUCUCCCUCUCUGGAGGAGGACGAAGGCUUCAGCGACUGGAGUCAACGCAGAGAGCUGCGGAGGCAGCAGCGCCUGCAGGAGCUCAACCAGGGAGGCCAGGAGGACGAGGAGGAGAAGACGAUAAACAAAGCUCCAUCCGUAAAGACCGUCCAGGCCUCGGUCACAUCCUCCAGCCGACUCCAGCAACAGGAGCAGGAACAGAUGGAAAAGGCCAGGAUGGAGGUGGAGAGGACGAAGGAACGUGAGAGGCAGGCUUUUCGAGCUGAAAGGGCGAGGAGGGAGAAAGACAGAGAGGACGAGGAGAAGAGGAAGAGGGAGGAGGUGAUGACGAGGAGAAGGGAGGAUGUGCAAAGGCCCAAAACAGAAGUGGAGAAAAGAAAAGAAGUCAAAGUCUCCUACACAUCAAAGGUUUUCCUUCAACAAGAGCCGAAACCCAGCAACGCCAAUGGAGACGCAACAAAUGAGGAAGUGCUGUCACACAUCAACAGCAAAACCAAAAGAUCCAUUAGGCGAGCUACUGAGCCGGAGGAGGCGGAGGCCAUCCUGGAGACGGAGCAGCGUCUGGAGAAGAUCCGACAGAGCCUCCAGGUAAAGGAGAACCAGGAGCUGGAGCAGCUGAAACACCGACAGGCCGAGACCGAGCAGGAGCUGGAGGAGCUGAAGUCGAGGAGGGAGGAGAGACGCCGAGUCAGGCAGGAAGAGGAGAAUCGGAGGGAGGAGGAGGAGCAGCAAAGGCUGGCUAAAGAGGAGGAGGAGCGCAGACGUAUGAAGGAAGACAUCGAGAGGAGGAGGAUGGAGGCAGCAGAGAGGAUGAAGAGCCUGAGCACGUCCAGCGUGGACGGGGACGAGAUGUUCAGUCCCUUCAGUCCAAAAGCUCCCACACACAAGAUCACAGAGAGGACAGAGUCCCUGAACCGCUCACUGAAGAAAAGUAACAGCUUUAAGAAGACGCAGCCUCUCAUACUGACGGCUAAGAUCGACGACAAGCUGGAGCAGUACGCCCACGCUGUGGAGAACUCACAAGAGGUGCGAGCAGUGAAGGCAUCUCUGACCGACCUGCCCAGCUCACCUGAAGUCGUCGCCUCCAAGAAGAACCUGUUUGAGGCCGGAGAGGCCUGGAGCCAGAGUCCCACCAAGGGUGCAACUUGCAAGGACACCGAUGGUCUGAAGGUGGGCGUUGCCAACCUGAUCACCCAGUGGGUCAAAGGCCCCUCGGAUGGCAGCAGACAGUCGUCCAGCAGAGCGACAGAUGUGAAGCCUGGAGACGUGAUGCAGAAGAAGAACAUGUGGGAGAUCAUCGGAGAUUCUUCAGAAGGUCAAAAGGCCAAUAAGGGAUCAGCAGCUGGUAAAAAGUAUAAAUUCAUCGUCACUGGUCAUGGCAAAUAUGACAAGAUCCCCACGAACGACAAGAGUGGAGGACAAUUUAUGAACAAACAGUCUGAUUUGUGUCAUGGAGAUUACUGAGCAAGGUUCAACUCUUCACGUGGCCACCAACUCGAUUUUAUUUGCCAUGAAAGAUGUCCACCUGAAGCAGCUCCACAACAGUUACAGUUACAUUAUUCAAUUUAUAUCCAAUAAAACAUCUUAUAUGACUCAGUUGGACAAACUCAACAGCUCAAGUCCAAAAGAUCCGCUUCUCAAAUGUCUAUAUCAUAUUUGAUUUCCUCAUUGGUUUUGUAUUGUCUGACAUUCUAUUUCUAUCAUUGUGUACAUAUCUAACUGUAAGCCUUAAUGUUUAAUUUUUCUCAUUAUUGCCAACGUUUGAUCCUUUUCGGAUAGCAUAUAGGGAAAGUUUUUUAUGUAGAAAGAGUUUACAUUUUCCAAUCAUGUACGAUUAAAUGACCACACUAAGUUGUGUCAACUAUUCUGCCUUUACACUUUGGCUAAAGAACAAUCUGAAACAUUUCAGAGUUCAUACUAAUGGAAGUUGGCCAUAAUGUGACGAAUAUUUGCUAUCUGUUACAUCAACCUUUAUUAUAUAGACACCUGAUCUGUACAAUCAAACUCCAUCUCCUGCGUACAUUUUAGUUCAACUCACUGGUUCCUUUAGAUCUCUUCUCUGAUUCAGCCAUUUCCCCUCAAUGUCCAUUUAUCUGAGAUUCCUGCUUGUGUUUGUUUGUAACCCCUUUUCUUAAAUAAAUUAAAAUAAUUUUCUA